AUGUUAUUAGACACGACAUCAAAUCGGGCCAGUGCUUUUUUCAGCAAACUGUCUUCUGUGUUUGUGCUUUUAUGUGCAAUUAUUACAGUCCAAAAUAUUGUGGAAACACCCAGUGCGGAGCAAAUUCAUCCAGCUAAUGUUCAUUAUGCUAAAUACAAACCAGCCCGAUUUUACCAUGCCUUUCAUAACAAGAAGCAGAAUUACGCUCAAGUCAAAUUUGACUUGGAUGCCGAUUUUUCAAACCUAUGGACUUGGAAUACCAAGCACGUUGUUGUCUACUUGGUAGCGUCCUACCCGACAGAAAAGCAUGAUUUGAAUGAUGUUGUAGUUUGGGAUCGCAUAUUGUCAACGCCGGACGAGUCCCAUUUGCAAGUGAAGAAUGCACUUUCGAAUCUACAUGCACAUCCAUUUAACGAGUAUAGCAAUGAUUUUAGUAACUUGGAAGCAAACUAUACAAUGCAUUGGACGGUGUCUCCAAAACUAGGAUUUUUGACGUGGGGCUCUGGAAUUUCGUCUUUGGCCGUACCUUUUACGAAGAUUUAA